UUUGCAUUUCACUUCUCACUAUCGGAUCGUUUCGAAGUGAGACGCAGCGAACCAAUCACACCAAUCACGGUGUGGUUGUCGCUGCGUCACAGUGGCGCAUUGUGAUUGGAUGGCUGCGUCUCACUGCGAAUCGACUCGAUUGUGAGAUGUAAAUAGCAAAGUCUCACUACGCACAUUUUUGCGAGCGUUAACACCUCUGAGAUUAUCCUGGUUGAUUCCAACCCGCGCAUGACAAGGACCACGCUAUGUUUUCUCACCUUCUUAUUAUGUUGUGUGGAGUCGUUUGGCGUGGUGUAUGCGGGGAAACGUGCGGAAUAUUUUUGUGUUAGAGAGAGAGAUGAAAACGCUCUUUACAGAAUGUGCAUGGAGAUGCGCUCGAACUGAGGGCGAAAUACGGACUUGCUUGCAUUUAACUACUCACUAUCGAGUCUGUUCGAUGUGAGACACAACGAACCAAUCACAUUGCUGUAUGGUUGUCGUUGCGUCACCUGUGAUUGUUAGCUGGACGACCUCGGUGGCGCAGUGGUAAAGUGAUUGCCCCUGAACCAAGUGGUCCCGGGUUCGAUCCCCGGUCGGGUCAUAAUGGAAAAUGAUCUUUUACUGAUUGGCCCGGGUCUUGGAUGUUUACCUAUAUAUGUAUUUAUAAAAUAUAGUAUCGUUGAGUUAGUAUCCCAUAACACAAGUCUCCAACUUUGGGGCUAGCUCGAUCUGUGUGAUUUGUCCUUAUAUUUAUUUAUUUAUUCGAAUCGAGUCGAUAGCAAGUCGCACACUGGUUUCAAAAAUUAACCAGGUAUCUGGUAUCCCUGUCAUAGACUGCUGUUCACAUAGUUUAAUUUACUAACAAUGUAUUCAUUCUUUAUCAAAGGCUAAAAUAAUGAAGUUGCACACUGCACUAACAAUCGAAAGUCCCAUGAAAACCUUGCUUUAGACGUGUAUAUAAUGCCUAUUACUGCAUGUGGUCCAUUCUAUGUAUCGAAAUUCUAUUUCAGCGUAUAUAGAUCGCAAGCUUGAGGAGCAGCUGAAACUAGAUAAAGGCACUGGUUGUGAGAUGCCGGUGUUGGACCCAUUUGCAAAAGAAGUCACACAGUUUGACAAGAAAAUGCCCAAAGUAGUAUGUGCGAGCGUAGACUGGGUCAAGUGUUACUUUUCAGAGUGUAGAGUGGUCAAAGAGAUACUCGACAAGUACGUAAAUGUUUCUUGUGUAUACACAGACAUUGUGUAUAUAAACGACGAUCACUAUGAAUAUGGGAAGCCGGUGUUAGUGAGAGAUGCCGAUGUCUACCACCUGAAGCGGAGUGAUCACGCCAAAGUCACAUGUUCCGGGGGAACGAACAGUUUUUUGCACUUUCUCAACAAAUGGAACGGUUACGUGGCUGGAUUUCGAUCCACAGUAUCCGAACCCAGAAAAUCAUCAUCGGGCGAUGAGGUACCUAAGGAGGAUAAGAAUCGUCCCACUAACAUACUGAUAUUCGGCUUCGACUCCACCGCCAGAAAUGGCUUCAUACGGCGAAUGCCCAAGAGCUACAGAUACUUGACGGAGCAGCUUCAUGCAGUGGUGCUGAAAGGCUACAACAUUCUAGGCGAUGGCACCCCGGCUUCUCUGUUUCCGAUCUUGACAGGAAAGAAUGAGUUGGAAUUGCCUGAUGCGAGAAGGAAAGCGGGAAAUCAAAAGACCGUUAGUGAUAUGCCGUUUAUAUUUUUGAAAUUAAAAAAGGAAGGCUACCGAACAUUAUACUUCGAAGACAUGCCCUGGGUCGGCACUUUCCAAUAUCGCUUCAACGGUUUCCGUAGCCAACCCGCCGACCACUACUUACGGGCUUUUUACUUAGACGAGUCAUAUUCAAACAAGAAGCGGUGGCUUACCAAUAAAACUACUUACUGCAUCGGAGAAACACCACAGUAUAAGCUCAUGAUGAAUCUCACCAACCAGUUCUUUCACCUUGAUGGCAAGAAAUACGCGUUCACGUUCAUAGCCGAUAUCUCUCACGAUGACUUCAACAUGAUCUCCGUGGCUGAUGAUGACUUUGUGGACUUCCUGAAGUCCUUUAAAAACGAUGGGUUUUUGAAAGACACUUUAUUAUUUGUCAUGGGAGACCACGGACCUAGAUACGCUAAGAUACGAAAUACAUACCAGGGUAAACUGGAAGAGCGGCUGCCUCUGAUGGCGAUAGUGCUGCCCUCUACGUUGAAGUCUCAGCGACCCCAAGCUCUCGAUAAUCUCCGACAGAAUGUCGACGUUCUCACGACACCGCACGAUAUAUACGCGACUGUUCUAGACGCGAUGGAUCUCAGGAAAUACUGGAAUCCGUACAAAAUAAAAGGCGCGGAUCUUCCUAGGGCUAUGACAUUAUUUGAACCGAUACCUCGCAAUCGUUCGUGUAGCGAAGCGGGCAUUGAGCCUCAUUGGUGCGCGUGUCUCUCGUGGAAGCCUGUGCCGACGUCGGACCCGCUCCGUAGCAGAGCGGCCGAGGCGCUCGUCCAAUACAUCAACGAUAUGACAGCGCCUGUCAGGUCGAAGUGUCUACCCCGGACGUUGACCUCCGUGUCGUGGGUUAUGAAGCAGCACGCCGACAGCUCAAUGCUUUCGUUCGAGGGGGCGAGGGACAACGACGGCUAUGUCGGCAAAUUUGGCAAUAAAAUAAAAUUGAAAACCGAAACGUACCAAGUUAUGUUGACGGUGGGUCCCGGCACUGGAGACUUCGAAGCCUCAAUGACGUAUGACGUCGACCGUGGAGGUUUCAAGAUCGACCGCAGAGAUAUAUCGCGGACCAACAUGUAUGGACACGAACCCGAUUGUAUAAGCAAAACUCAUCCACAUUUAAAUCCAUAUUGUUACUGUACUGGUUGAUGCUUAUGAUAAACUUAGAAGAAGUGUGUAACACAAAUUGUGAACGUAUCUACUAAAAACAUUAUAUAGCUCGAACACAGGCGUUGGAAACAUGACAUUUAAAAUAUUGUAUCGUACACCAAACGCGAUGUUUUAUAAGCUUUUAUUUAAUGUAUUGCAAUGUAUGUUUGUAUGAGUGUUAAUAGUGUGUUCGGGUGGAAUCUUCAAUUCAAUUUUAAAGCAGAUAUCAUGAAUUGAUUGAUGAAUUGGAUACACAAGUGUACGCACGUUUAUUUUGGAUGACAAUCAAUUAUUAUGAUAUGCAUGAUCUUUUGGUACACUCAGGAUCGUCUCCCGACGCGGAAAUUCCUAAACGGUUUACCGCACGGACAUGAUUUGUGUCACGCGAUUAAUGCAAUAAGGUAUCUGAGCGCAGUAUAAAAGCUCGUGUAAAAAUUUUUAUUUUCCAAAGAAGAUUUAUUUCAUCGGUUGAAACUUCACAAAAACAUUUGUUAAUAUUUGUAGAUUAGAUGAUUUUCCGCAUUACCAAAGCCCAUUUAGUUUUAUAUAAUAUUUUUAAUAAUAUAAGUGAAAAUGUAAUUCUCGAUUUAACGAAUCACACAAAAAAGGAUAUUAGUCAAGUUUUAUCAUAUAUACAUUUAAUUACGCGCGCAUGUUUUCUGCAAUAAGUCAAGUUAAUACCAGUUUUUUUUAAAUAUAUUUAUAUAUAUCUAUCUAGUAAGAAAUAUGUUUCUAAGUAGUAAGGAAAACUUAAAUAUAGCUCGAAGCAAACUUAUGUCAGUACUUAAUAAUUCUUGUGUUUAAUUUUAUUAACUUAAGAAUCUUAAAUUUUCUAAAUUCAUUAAAAAACCAAAAGAAAAUUAAGUAAUAGUUUGUUUUUUCUUUUUUGAUCAAUACGAAAUCUUUGGAAUAAAAUAAAAAGUGUUUGUUGAUUUUGAAGACUGUGAAUUAUAUAAAACGCGCCUCGCGUAUCGAGUGUGUGAUACACGCUAUGCGCAUUUUAUUGCUUUAAUGUACGGAGUUGAAUUGAGUCAAAAAUACUUGGAUAAGUCUCUAUGUGUACAGAUCUACUAUGUGUACAGUUGGCAUUAUAGUACUUUUUUAUCAUAUUUAGGAUCAUUUGUAAACAUCAAUCAAAUUUUGGCAGUUUGAUUAAUAUAAGGAAUGUAAUUUUUAAAAGUAUUAAAAUUAAUAUUUUUGAAAAUUACAUUCCUUAUAUUAAUCAAACUGCCAAAAUUGGAAGGAUUUUAUAAAUCUGUAAUUGAAUAUAAAUAAUGAAUAUAAUUAAUUUUUCCAUAUGUAAAUUGUACAUUUACACUAUUAUUAUGGUAUGAACAUAAAUAAAUAAACAGCAACUCCUAAAGUAAAAUCGAUUAACAUUUCUUUGAAUACCUGGUUUAUUUCGACAUCCAAAUCUUGCUGUACAAACGUGGCCACUGUAUACAAAGCAAUCUUGUACCAAAAACUUAUUAAAUCUAAAUUUAUGAAUUAUUCAACUUAUUGACGUCAAAAUUUUACUAGAUCCAAGUCUAUGCUAAAUUAAACAUUUUAAGGCCCUGUUUCACCAUUUUCUGAUAAAAUAGUAUAUCGUCUGAUAGAUAAAAUGACUAAAUAAAUAUGCCUGAUGUGAUUUUAACAGUAUCUGUUUGAUAUGUUACAUUAAGGCUAUCAUAUACUUUCUUAGCAAGCAGUUACAGGUCCUAAUUUGUGAUAGUAAAUCAUCAAUCGAGAAUAAAAUCGGCCAAGGGUAUUCUUUUCCUGAGUGUUCGUUUCAUGUAAAUGAUUUUAUUAAUGUUAUUAAUUAUUAAUUUCUUGUCAAAUAGAUUUUAUGUAUAGUAGAAUAUUGAUUUAGAAUAGUUUUAUUCAGUCGAAGAAAUUCAUUAAUAGCAGCAUACCCUCUGCACCGUUAUUGCAAUACUCUGAGCAAUGUGACUGCGCCGUGGAUUGCCAAAAGAUUGUGCUUGACCCCAUGGGCCCAUCGUCUCAAUAAGGAAAGGGCACAAAUUGUGUAAUUCGUCGCUAAGUCUAUUUUUUGAUUUAAUUUAUUUUUAGUAGUUUUUGAUUUGUAAAAUCUUAUUAUGAAACCAAAAUAUUAGUAUUAUUAGAAAGUUAACAUAUACUUACAAUAUAUUUUAGUUAUUUAUCCGUCUCUCUUUCCAUUAUUAUUUAAAAUUGACGACCUCUGUUGCUUAAUAGUUAUCAUGCCGACUGCUAAACUGGAGGUCCCGGGUUCGAAUCCCGGUCAGGUCAAGAUGGAAUAAUGUUUGUCAUAUUAUCCUGGAUGUUAAAUAUAAUAGUAUCGCAUAACACAAGUUUCUAACUUACUUUAGGACUUACUUAACCUGUCCGUGAUUCGUCCCUAUAUAUUUAUUUAUUAAUUGAAAGAUGAGAUAAAAAUAUUUUAACUAAAACAUGUUAUAAGUUGUAGUGAACUGUUUUUAUGAAUAAGGCUGUGUAUUUUCAGUUUUAACAAAUUAACAAGCCAUAUGUUCUUUUUUUAAUUUUGAUUUACUAAACAGUGAUUAAUAAUGUACAUAUGUGAUUAAUAUACAUAUUAAUCACUGAUGUAUAUAAUUUUGCGUGUGUUAAAAGUGCUUUUUAUGAAAAUGAUGGUGAUUUACUAAAUCUAAAUUGAAUUUUGUAUAAACUGGCUAUGAUCAUGUAAGUUUAAUAAUUAAAUAACAUAAUAAUCAAA